AUGGAAAAGUUACCAGAUCCAAUCAGGAUUGAUGAUGUUACGUCAGGAAAGAUAGACCCCACUUUGAUAUAUAAUGAGUUGGACCGCUUGAAGCUAGAGAUUAACAUCUUGAGGAAUGAUAUGUCUCUAUUUGUAAAAGCUCUUGCUACCAUCCCACAAAAUCAAAGCCAACAAGAAUACUAUACGGUUGUCUUGCUGAGACUAAAGACAGUACAAAAUAGCAUCAAAGAAUACUGCAUUCAAUACAAUAAGUUACUACCUAUAAUCAACCUUGCCCAGAUAAAAUUGGGACAUGAGGUGGAAAUCCUUAAUCAAAAUGGUUCACAAGGCUCCGCCAACAGUCCAAGCAAGACUGUCGGUGCAAAGACCAAAAGAAGCAACUCUAAUGGUAAGAUAACACAGGCUGGUUUCAAGGCUGGUAACAUCAAGGCUAAGUAG